AGUUCUCGUGUGGAUAUUGAACAAAACACCUACCAAAAUCAAGAAUCGAAAAUGGAGAAUCGUAGGGAGACGUUUAUGGAGGAGCUAACACAAAAGAUCAAGACAGGAAAUAAAGCAGACAUUCUGAAACAGUUAAGUACAAUUAAUACUAAUGAUAUGGAAGCAUUGAAUGAAACAGUAAAAACGUCCUUUAAAGGAGAAACCCUUUUGCACAUUGCAAUAUCAAACGACAAUUCUGAUAAUCUUCGCUAUGUUGAAAGUCUUUUGAAGAACUUUCCAGACCAAGAUAUGAUAUACUGAUCAUGAAAAGAGAAGGUACAUGUACCGACUUUGAAAGUCAAACAGCGUUACAUGUCGCUAUAGUGCAGAGCAAUUUCAAAGCUGUGGAAAUGCUUCUUAAGUACGCUAACAGCACUAACAAGAAAGAAAAAUUGUUACAAAUCAGUGCCAAUGGAAAACAGUUCAAGAACACUGUUUUAAUGGGACAACUACCUUUGUCGGUAGCGGCUCUCAUGAUGAAAAAACAGGACUGUCUUGAUACAGAAAGAUUUAAAACCGGUGCUUCUCUUUGGGAGAAGAAUAGCCUCGGUGAUACCGUCUUUCAUUCUUUGAUCAAAUACGGUGAUGUUUAUCAUGAAAAGAUUUUACACGUCAAAGCCGCAUUUAGUUAUGUCUGGCAGAGAUUUAGAGAUGAAGCAUUAAAAAGCCCCGACAACAGCCCUUUUAUCACUGAUAUUUUGUUCUGGGAAAAUAAUGAAGGUUUGACACCUCUUCAACUAUCUGCUAAACUUGGUGUUGGUGAAGUUUUUGACUACAUUAUCAAUCUCUCGAACGUUUAUUGCUUCCAAAAUGUGCAGGAUGGCCUUUUCGACAUACGAGUUUACGAUGUUACAGAAUUUGACAGAUUAAUCCAGUAUUUAGAAGAACAAGAAAAUUCGGAGAUGAAUUUUGAAAAAAGUGCAAAUGCAGCAAUUAAAAAACAAGAUAAAUCAAAGAGGAGUUCAGGAAAUAAUGUCAAACAAAAAUCCGAACCGGAUAAAGCAAAGAAGAAACCUGGGAAAAUAACGAUAGUUGAGCGGUUAUUUGACCCACAAUGUACGCAGAGAGAAGUUUUUGAAAUUCUUAAUCAAAAGUUGGUGCGAUACAUUUUACAGAAAAAAUGGAAUACAUAUUGGAUUCCUCUAUCUAUCUGGCUGAUAACACAUUUCUUUUUCAUGUUAUUCACGACAGUUGUGACAAUGCGAAAAUCAGACGUUCUCAUUUGCAGCAAAGAGAAUCAAACUUCAUGUGAACUAGGUGAGAGCGGCGAUGCUGUCGGUUUUAUGUUUCUUUUGAUCGGGUUGGUUUACCUUGCAUUUUCAUCUUUACUCAUUCAUAAGUUAGUUGUUCGUUUGUAUAACGGUGGCCUUGGAUUACUUCGGCAUAAUCUCGACUACAUCGUUUGUUUGACUGUUGUGUCGAUUGGUGCAAUCUUUGAGUCUAUUUUGAGUUUUCUAAGAUUGCAUUGGGAUUUUCAUUUAGUUUGCCUCUUAAUAUUUGGCUGGUAUUUUAUGCUUUACUUUUCACCUUUUCACAAAAAUAUCGUUUCUUUCACGUAUAUGAUGAAAUCUGGACUUGUUGAGGAUUUCAUUCCCUUUUCUCUCUCCUUCCUGCUUUUAUUGAUGUCAUUCACUACUGCCAUGCACGUCCUUUUCCGAGGGAUAGAUGAACAUCCGGAAGAAUUUGAUAGUUUCAGAGAUUCUCUUUUAACAAUGUUUAAGCUUGGAGUCGGUCUAAAUGACAUCAGUGUUUUGAAUCAGUCAAGAAUUCCAUGGCUUGCUUAUACACUUUUCAUACUCUUUGCAAUUCUUUCCUUUAUUCAUCUUCUUAAUGCCCUUAUUGCAAUUAUGUCUCAGACGUUUUCUGAUUUUCAUCAAGAAAGAAAGUCACAUCUGAAUUAUCAAAAAUUGUGUAUGAUAGAGUUCUUUUAGGAUAUUUUACUUUCUUCCUUCUUUAAGAAUAUUGUUUCUUUGUUUAAAGAAGAUAUUAAGUAUUGGACUGAAAGAGAGAUCACAUAUGGCCCAGCGGAGGAGCAAAUUAAAAGAAAACGAUAUCUAGCAACAAUUCAUACGCUUGAUAAUUCGUUUUACAACAAAGAUGAUAAAGAGGAGAGAGAGGAAUCAACAUCUGACUUACCAAACUUCAGUGACGUCAUACAACGUCAAAACAACGUAAACUCAGAACUGGAAGUGACGAACGACCAGGAUGUAACAUUUAUUCGUUUUCUUGAAAAACGACACAGAUCCUCUCAAUGUCCCGAGGUUCAACAUUCUUCUACAUAAA